UUAUUCAUCAAUCAUCAUCUUAAUUUCAUUUCCUUUUUUUUUUUCAACAUUUUUUUUUCAUUCACACAUUCAAUGGCUAUUCGACGUAAUCGACGACGAACAGAAAAUGAACGAAUUAUUCGUGCCAAUGAUCCAGUAUUUAAUUCAAAAUUUCAUUAUGCAAAAAAUUAUAUAAAAACUUCCAAAUAUACAUUGUUAACAUUUUUACCAUUAAAUUUAUUUGUACAAUUUCAACGUUUGGCAAAUUUUUAUUUUUUAUGUUUACUAAUAUUACAGCUCAUACCAUUCAUAUCAUCAUUAACGCCAAUAACAACAGCUGUGCCUUUGAUUUUUGUAUUAUUAAUCACAGCCAUUAAAGAUGCAAUCGAUGAUAUUCAAAAACAUCGAAGUGAUAAUCAGGUUAAUAAUCGUCUAUCAAAAGUAUUACGUAAUGGUAAAUUAAUCGAUGAAAGAUGGUUCAAAGUACAAGUUGGUGAUAUUAUACUUAUUGAAAAUGAUAAUUUUGUUGCUGCCGAUUUACUUUUACUAUCAACAAGUGAACCUAAUGGCCUUUGUUAUGUUGAAACUGCCGAACUUGAUGGUGAAACCAAUCUUAAAUGUCGACAAGCUUUACCUGAAACUGCCGAAUUAAGUGACAAUAUUGAUCGUUUAGCGGAAUUUUGUGGUGAAAUCAAUUGUGAAGCACCGAAUAAUAAUCUUACGAAAUUUGAAGGUGUACUCAAAUGGCGUGAUGAUAAAUUUUCACUAGAUAAUGAUAAAAUGCUUUUACGUGGUUGCCGAUUACGAAACACUAAAUGGUGUUUCGGUGUCGUCAUAUUUGCCGGCCGUGAUACAAAAUUAAUGCAAAAUAGUGGUAAAACCAUAUUCAAACGAACGAGUUUGGAUCGAUUAUUAAAUCUUCUCAUCUUAGGCAUUGUAUUAUUCCUGAUUAUAAUGUGCCUUUUUUGUACAAUUGCUUGUGGUGUAUGGGAAACGCUCACUGGACAAUAUUUUCGUAUUUAUCUACCAUGGGAUCAUGUUGUACCACCGAAUCCAACAUCUGGUGCAACAAUCAUAUCGAUACUUGUAUUUUUUUCUUAUGCUAUCGUAUUGAAUACUGUGGUGCCAAUAUCAUUAUAUGUUAGUGUGGAAAUUAUACGUUUUUUCCAUUCAUUGUGGAUUAAUUGGGAUAUUAAAAUGUAUUAUGAACCAAUGGAUACACCAGCAAAAGCUCGUACAACAACAUUGAAUGAAGAAUUGGGACAAAUUCAAUAUAUAUUUUCCGAUAAAACCGGUACAUUAACACAGAAUAUAAUGACAUUUAAUAAAUGUACAAUAAUGGGAAUACAUUAUGGUGAUAUUAUUGAUGAUCGUGGUGAACCAAUUGAAAUCACAGAACAUACACCAGCCGUUGAUUUUUCUGCAAAUUCAUUGUAUGAGAAAAAAUUUAAAUUUUAUGAUUCAAAAUUAUUGAAUGAAGUUAAUGAAGGCAAUGAAGAUGUACAUGAAUUUUUUCGUUUAUUAGCCGUAUGCCAUACGGUUAUGUGUGAAGAAAAGGAUGGAAAUCUCGAAUAUCAAGCACAAUCACCGGAUGAAGCUGCCUUGACAUCAGCUGCACGUAAUUUUGGAUUUGUUUUUCGGAGUCGGACACCGACAAGCAUCACGAUCAUUGAAUUGGGACAAAUACAAACGUAUGAAUUAUUGGAUAUUCUAGAUUUUAAUAAUGUACGAAAACGAAUGUCAGUAAUUGUCAGACAGAAUGGUCAAAUAAAAUUAUAUUGUAAAGGUGCUGAUAGUAUGAUAUUUGAAAGAAUGGAUCCAUCAUGUGAAAUGAUCAAAGAAACUACAAUGGAACAUUUGAAUAAAUUUGCAAGUGAAGGAUUACGAACAUUAUGUUUGGCUAGUAAAAUUAUUGAUGAAAAUUUCUAUCAAUCAUGGAAAUAUCGAUUACAAGAAGCAAGUUGUUCAUUAGAGAAUCGUGAAGAAAAAGUCGAUGCCUGUUAUGAAGAGAUUGAACAGAAUUUAAUUCUUCUUGGUGCAACAGCAAUCGAAGAUAAAUUACAGGAUGGUGUACCACAAACAAUUGCUAAUCUAGCAUUGGCUGGUAUCAAACUUUGGGUAUUGACUGGUGAUAAACAAGAAACAGCUAUCAAUAUUGGUUACAGUUGUCAAUUAUUAUCGGAUGAUAUGGCCGAUGUAUUUGUCAUAGAAGGAUGGGAAUUUGAUCAAGUCAAAGGUGAAUUAAUGGCCUGUCGUGAUAUAAUGAAAAUGGUUGCAAAACAGCAGCAACAAAAAAAUUCCAAUAUGAAUUGUGAUGUAUCUGUGAUAACAUUCGAAGAUGAUACAACCAAUAUUCAUCCAAGUUGUAAUAAUAUCAAUAAUAACAACAAUAAAAUGAAUGCCUUAAAUUCAUUGGCUACUACAUAUAAUGUUACAAGAUUGAAUCCAAAUCCUGAUUCAAUGAAUGAUUCAACAGAAUUUGCAUUGGUUAUAAAUGGCCAUAGUCUGAUACAUGCAUUGGAUCCAGCAUUGGAACGAUUAUUUCUUGAAGUUGCAUCAACAUGUAAAGCAGUGAUCUGUUGUCGUGUAACACCAUUACAAAAAGCAUUGGUUGUUGAUCUAGUCAAAAGAUAUAAAAAAGCCGUAACAUUAGCCAUUGGUGAUGGUGCCAAUGAUGUUAGUAUGAUCAAAACUGCUCAUAUUGGUGUCGGUAUUAGCGGCCAGGAAGGUAUGCAAGCUGUAUUAUCAAGUGAUUUUUCUAUCGCACAAUUCCGUUAUUUGGAACGUUUAUUAUUAGUACAUGGCCGUUGGUCAUAUCUACGAAUGUGUAAAUUUUUACAAUAUUUUUUCUAUAAAAAUUUCUCGUUUACAUUAUGUAAUUUAUGGUAUGCAUUUUUUUGCGGUUUUUCGGCUCAGACAUUAUUCGAUCCUGUUUUUAUAUCAUUUUACAAUGUAUUCUAUACAUCAUUACCAGUGUUAGCAAUGGGAAUAUUUGAUCAAGAUGUUGACGAUAUUUUUUCCGUUCAUUUUCCAUUACUUUAUACACCAGGAAUAAUUGAUUUAUUAUUCAACAAACUGAUUUUUCUUAAAAGUGUUGCACAUGGUAUUAUUACGUCUUUCGUAUUGUUUUUUGUAUCAUAUGGUACAUUUAAAAAUGCUGUCGGACCUGAAGGUAUUAAUUUGGAUGGACAUCAAAUAUUCGGUACGGUUGUAUCGACCAUUUUAGUGAUUGUUGUCACAGCACAGAUUGCACUUGAUACAUCAUAUUGGACUGUAUUCAAUCAUAUAGUUAUAUGGGGUAGUUUGGCAUUUUAUUUUUCACUUACAUUAUUGAUCAAUAGUAAUUUUAUUGGCAAUCAAUAUUUGGGAUGUUUUCGUAUGACAUUAAGUAGUGGACAAUUUUGGUUUACAAUGUUUAUCAUAUUGAUUAUAUUAUUAUUUCCUGUUAUUGCUGUUCGUUUCUAUAAUAUCACCGUACAUCCAACAUUAAGUGAUCGUUGUCGUAUUAAACAAAGAUAUCUAAGGAAAAAAGCAUUGGUACAUUCAUAUGAUCCAUAUAUACGAAGAAAAAGUUCAGCAUUACGUAGUCGUCGUUCAAUACGAUCAGGUUAUGCAUUUGCCCAUCAAGAAGGAUUUGGUCAUCUAAUAACUAGUGGAAAAAUUAUGCGUGGAAAAACACAAAGUUAUAAUUUAAAUGUUCCAAAUAAUCACCGAAUGACAACUACGACGACGACGACAUCCACUUCUAAUACAAUGAAUUCGAAAGCUAAUUUAACAACAUCAUCUAAUCAUCAUCAUCGUCAUAAUCAGCAUCAUCAUCAUCAUCAUAGACAUGAUGAUCAACAACAACAACAACCACAUCAAUCGACAAUCAAUCAAUUGAAUCGAGCAAAAGUAACACCUAUAUCAUAUAAUAAACAACCACCCGAUAUGAUUUAGUUUUUGAUAAUUAAUCAAAAUGUGUAAUUUUAUAAAAUUUACCUGAAGAAAAUAAUGUUUUUAAUUGUGUAAA